AUGCAGAACGACGAGGGCCGCGUCGUCGACCUUUACAUCCCCCGCAAGUGCUCGGCCACGAACCGUCUCAUUGCCGCGAAGGAGCAUGGAGCAGUGCAGCUGAACGUCGGACAGGUUGAUGAGAACGGCAUGUACACCGGUGAGUUCGAGACGUUUGCGCUUGCGGGCUUCAUCCGCGCGAGGGGCGAGAGCGACGCAUGUAGCUGGUGCUGCACAUGGCAGAGCUGGGGCAUUGACCAUUUGUUCAAAGAUUUAGGUGUGGUUCCCCCUCACCCCCACCCCUCUGCGGGAUUUCGGCAAGGUGCUGUACCCUCAACUGGUGCAUGUUAUUAUCUGCUUGAAAUAGUGACCCUAGGCAGAUCUUUUUGCGCCGAGGCUUGA